GGGAGAUAAACUCAAGUGUUGGACACUGGGAGAGACUGAGCCUGAAGAGACGCUGUGUUUACAAAGUGUGGGAGAGACUGAGCCUGAAGAGAGGGCUGACUGUACCAUUAGUAGCUAAGGUAUCAACGCAACAUCAGCUACGACACUAUAUAUCAGUGCAGAGGAAGUAACAUUGUAAUUUAUCAGGUUUCUAUGGACCCUUUAUGCACAUCUCACCAAGAGGAGGAGAAGACUGUGAUCAUGAAAGAAGAGAAGGAAACGGAAGACGAGAAGAAACAUGAGGAGGACGAGAACGAUGAUGAUGAGGAGUCAGAUGAGGAGGAAGAUGAAGAUGAGAAAGAUAAUAGCGAGACAACAGUGAUAGACGGUGAGGAGGAAUCAGAUGACAAAGCCAAGGAGACUGAACCCCGGCAGCAGAAGGAGCAGGCCUGGGCCCCCACUACCUACUCCAAGUUUGGUAAAGAGGUGUUUUGCUACGUAGGAGAGGAGAUCAGCAUCUUUGAGGCCUUGGACUCUUACGGUGCUGUCACCUGGCCAGCGGCGUUGGCUUUGUGUCACUACCUAGAGACCAACGUUGAGCAGUUGAACCUGGUGGACAAGGCAGUGCUGGAGCUCGGAGCAGGUCCUGGCCUAGUGUCUAUUGUAGCCACACUCCUAGGUGCCUGGGUCACAGCUACAGACCUACCAGAGAUCAUAGGUAACCUGAGAGCCAACCUGCUCCGUAACACAAGAGGGCGCUGUAGGUACACUCCCCAAGCUGCAGCUCUGUCCUGGGGUCCUGACGUGGAACGCACCUACCCCAGAUCUGUCUAUCGCUAUGACUACGUGCUGGCGGCUGAUGUGGUGUAUCACCAUGACUACCUGGAAGAGCUGCUGUUCACCAUGAGAUACUUCUGCCGUCCAGGAACCACUCUGAUCUGGGCCAACAAGGUCCGCUUUCCCACAGACCUGGUAUUCACUGAGGACUUCAAGAACACCUUCAACACCACCCUGCUGGCUGAGAUGGGAGAGGUUAAGAUCUUCAUGGCCACAUGCAGAGAGACAGAGGAUCACCUUCAACACCACCCUGCUGGCUGAGAUGGGAGAGGUUAAGAUCUUCAUGGCCACAUGCAGAGAGACAGAGGAUCACCUUCAACACCACCCUGCUGGCUGAGAUGGGAGAGGUUAAGAUCUUCAUGGCCACAUGCAGAGAGACAGAGGAUCACCUUCAACACCACCCUGCUGGCUGAGAUGGGAGAGGUUAAGAUCUUCAUGGCCACAUGUAGAGAGACAGAGGAUCACCUUCAACACCACCCUGCUGGCUGAGAUGGGAGAGGUUUAUGCCCAUGUGUAAAAGGUAGGGAUAAGGGAAGGCAAGGGAAUAGUUAACAUCCUGCAGACUAUGCUAAAUGUAACCAAGACUUCCUGUCCCUUCUUCCUCUGAGAAAUGCUUGAAGACAGAAGGCGGCCAUCUUGGCUAAUGAUAAUGGACGUUGAUGGACUACUGAUGUUGUCAGUUGUUGAUGUUCGAUGUUCUACUUAAUACUUACCUGCUAUAUCUAGUGCUUUAUUGUUUACGUAGUUGUUACAUGUAGUUUAUAUUGAUAAUAUUAUUAAUGUAUGUACUUUGUUGUCUUGUUCCAUUCUGUAUUCAAAUAUAAUUUGUUAUGGAUAUAUAAAGUUUCUAGUAAAAAUCUACACAUUCACUUUUUGCUGCCCUAAACAUAUCAAAACACGUAUUACAUUGAAUUUCUUUCCUACCAAUCUACACAACCAACUCCACAUCUGCAAAAGUCAAAUAAAAAUGAUAGAAAAUGUUCCAAAUUAAAUAAAAAAUGUCUUCACCC